AUGCCAAAGUUAGAACAGUUUGAGAUCAAAAAGUAUUGGCAAAUCUUUUCGGGUUUGAAACCAAUAGAAAAUAAGGUAAAUCAUGACCAAGUUUUACCAAUUCUUUACAAUUCUAAACUGGAUUCAUCAGUUCUAAAUAAGAUUUGGUUUCUCGCCGAUAUUGAUGAUGAUGACAAUUUGGACUUUGAGGAAUUUGUUAUUUGCAUGAGAUUGAUAUUUGAUAUGGUUAAUAAAAACAUUAGUUCUGUACCAGAUGAAUUGCCUGAUUGGUUGGUUCCAGGGAGUAAAGUAAAUUUAAUCAAAGAAAGGAAAAAGCGUGAACAAAUAGAAAAUGCAGACUUGCCUCCAAAAAAGGAAAUCAAAGUAGAUUGGUACAUGUCUCCCGAUGAUCUGAAUCAAUAUGAAAAAAUCUAUACGAGUUGCUCAAAACUAACCGACGGUACCAUAACAUUCCAUGAACUAGCAACGAACCUUUCCACUAAAUUUUUUAACAUUAGUAAAACUGAUUUAAAUAAGGUUUGGAGCCUAAUUAAUCCCCAAAAUUUACCAUCAAUUGAUAGAGACCCGACUUUCUACUUCAUUCACUGUUUGAGACAAAGAAAUGAUUUGGGUGCAGAAAUUCCAGCAAGUUUACCGAAUUCUUUAGCAGAAGUAUGUAAUAAAAAACAAGUUAGUUAUGACCUGGGGUCCUCUCAAUCAUCUGCAAAGAGAAAAGACCAAGUAAACAAUAUGGAGAAAUUGCGGGACAAUGUGCCCAAGUCAAUGACUGAGAGUAGCAGCAAUAAUGAUCCCGGAAAUGACAACAAUAUAAAGCAAAAAUAUGCAUCCCUGACGGAUGAUCAAAUUGCUAACAUGCGUGAACAGUUAGAAGGCCUAUUAAAAUAUAAAAAAAGUGAAAAAAACCAAGGAGGUUCAAAGCGUUCAAAACCCAUUAAUAUUAGAUCAAUAACUGAUGAUUUGAAUAACAUUGAACAACAGGUUGAAGUAUUGGAGAAUUACUUAAACAAUAAGAAGCAUGAAUUGCAAUCAUUACAAGCAGAAAUUAAGUGA